AUGCUCAUCUUCAAUCAUUCCAGCAUCCUGACCUUUACUUUGAUCGGCAUUCCAGGCUUAGAGUCACAGCACUUGUGGCUAUCUCUUCCUUUCUCCUUCAUGUUUUUGGCUAUCCUCAUUGGCAAUGGUGCUAUUCUCAUCUUGGUGGCCACAGAACCCACACUUCAUACACCAAUGUACCUGCUCCUGGCCCUGCUGAUGGUGGCUGACCUCAUAUCUACUCUGGCUCUGUUGCCCAAGCUCCUCUGCCUCUUCUGGUUCAAUGACCAGGAUAUAGCUUUCAAUGCUUGUUUCAUCCAGAUGUUUUUCAUCCAUGGAGCAUCUGUGGUACGAUCAGCUCUACUCGUUGCAAUGGCUUUUGACCGCUUCGUGGCUGUGUGUAAACCAUUGCACUACAACACAAUUCUGAGCCAUUCCUUAGUUGGACGCCUGGGACUGGUAGCUCUAGCCAAGGGUGUGAUUCUUGUCCUGCCUAUGCCUCUUCUGCUUCAGAGGUUGACGUUCUGCCACAUGGUAAUUCCCCACACUUACUGUGACCACAUGGCUGUAGUAAAAAUGGCCUGUGACCACACCAGACCUAAUCGUAUCUAUGGGCUCUUUGUGAUUCUGCUCGUGAUAGGACUUGAUUUGCUGCUUAUUGGCUUCUCAUAUGGUCUCAUCCUACAGGCUGUGGUACGCCUAGAGUCUCGAAAUGCCAUCUUCAAAGCUCUCAACACAUGUUCAGCCCACCUCUUUGUCAUCAUUGUCACUUAUGUGCCUGCACUGUUUUCCUCCUUCACCCACCGAAUUGGUCUCAAUAUCCCACCUGAAACCCACAUUCUCCUUGCCAAUCUCUACCUUCUUCUACCUUCAAUGCUCAACCCCAUCAUCUAUGGUAUCAAAAUGAAGAAAAUACAAGACAAGGUGGCUAAAUGCCUGUGCAAAAAACCUGCAUAG